AAAUGUAAGUAGAGCGAAGUGUUUCUGGAAUUGUUGAAUAUAUUUCAAGGCUCAAAAGCGAUCGCCAUCAAAAAUCCGGGGAUUAGUUAGUAUGCCAAGCGCUUUCACGCAACUACCGAUGCGCGCAACCCGGCAAACCUGCUGCCCCACCAUACACUUGAGCAACGUGCCUUACUUAGAUGGACACUUGAGUCCAUAACAAUGCUACAUACAACUUGUCUCUGCGCCCCUCGAGUGUGGAGCGUCUUAUUCAAACGGCCUGUAAUUCUCCCUCGUUGGUUUAUUUCAGGAGUUCCCAGGAUGGCGUCCACGCUCCCCAACCUGCCGGUGUUCCAAGCAAUUUCACGACAUGAUCCAAGUUCAACAGCCGUCAUUCAUUCGGAAUCAGGCCGGCGAUUUACAUACGGCGAGCUGCUUUCAGAUGUUGCCAAAGCCAAGGAUAGGCUGCGCUCUCCGGAUGGGAAGGAGGCGCCUGAAGGCGAACGGAUAGCAUUCAUUAUAGAAAAUAGCUAUGAUUACGUAGUAACUCUACUGUCUAUUUUGAGUGUGCAUUGCAUUGCUCUGCCCCUGUCACCAGCAUUUCCGCCUCGAGAAUUACAAUAUGUCAUGGACCAUAGCCAAGCAUCAAUGUUACUUGCUUCAAGCAAGUUCUACAAAAAGGCACAGGAUGUUGCUUUGCAAGGCCUCUCUUUGCAACCCCGCGUAGUUGAGGUGGAAAGACUUCAAGCGGGUGAAAUUGGACGUGCCGAGGUCUCGUUGGGCGGUCCUACCGAUGGCCAAGGAGGCAUAAUGCUUUACACCUCUGGAACCACUAGCAAACCCAAGGGUGUCGUCCUGGCACAAUCGGUGAUCACUGCACAGGCACAAUCUCUCCUGCAAGCCUGGAAUUAUGCGCCCGAGGAUCAUCUACUCCACGUUCUUCCUCUUCAUCACAUUCAUGGUAUCAUCAAUGCAAUUCUAGCGCCGCUUUUCGCAGGUGCUACCAUAGAAUUUCUUUUCCCAUUCAAUGCUACUGCUGUCUGGAAGCGCCUUGGAGCUCCAUUCUUGGAAAACUCAAAGGCCCCAGAAGAGAUCACAUUUUUAACAGCAGUUCCGACAGUUUAUAACAGACUUCUUUCUUCCUACAAAGACCUUCCGGAAAGCCUUCAAGCUGCGACGAAAACGGCAAUAUCCCCCAAAACCAUGCGCCUGGCAAUUUCAGGCUCGGCUGCCCUUCCGACUCCUACUAAAAAGGCUUGGGCCGAGUUAAGUGAUGGAAAUGUACUGUUAGAGAGAUAUGGAAUGACAGAAGUUGGAAUGGCCCUUAGCUGUGGCCUCGAGUUUUCGGACCGAGUUGAUGGCAGCGCUGGAUGGCCUCUUCCGUCUGUGGAGGUGCGCUUACUUGAUACGGAGACAAACACCGUUAUUGAACCUGGGCAGGAGAAGGAUGAGGCAGGGAAGGACAGGGAUGGUGAAAUCCAACUUCGAGGGCCAACCGUUUUCUCAGGAUACUGGAAUAACGACCAGGCUACGAAAGAAGCAUUCGUAGAUGGAACGGAUGAUAAAGGGCCUUGGUUCAAGACAGGUGACAUUGCAGUCCGAAGACAUGUCCCAGAAGCGGGCCAAGGGGAGCAAGCCUGGGCUAAGGGGCCUAUGUACUUCAUCAGGGGCCGCAGAAGUGCGGACAUUAUCAAAACAGGCGGAGAAAAAGUCAGUGCCUUGGAAGUUGAGAGAGAGCUCCUUUCGCUCCCAGAGGUGGCUGAAGCUGCUGUGGUCGGGGUUCCUUCGGCAAAAUGGGGCCAAAAGGUUGGCGCUGUAAUUGUUUUAGAGCAACAUAGACUAAGUAAAGAUGGCAAGAAAUGGGGCCCAAUGGACAUGAGAAGAGCCUUGCGGGACAGGCUGGCAAACUACAAGAUACCUCAGACGAUGAAGAUCGUUGACGAGAUACCGAAAAAUGCCAUGGGUAAAAUCAACAAAGCACAGCUAGUGGGAAAUGUAUUUUCUGACGAAGCCAGCGGUGAUGAGGUAUAGCGGUUAUAAUAGAUGAAUUAUUCUAUCUGAGCAUUGUAUCCACAGCAAAUAAGGUAAUGGUGGCCAUGCACCAUGGAGACGCGCAUCAAGCUUGUGUCAUCGCUAAAAAAAGGCAAAUCCGCUUGGCUCUAACGCCUGCCGGUAUGGCCUCUAUUCGUAGCAAUGAUAUAUAAGGACAUGAGAAGCCAGUAAAGUCUGAGACCUUCAGAAAGACCUCAGUGCCUGAUUGGUAAAUGACUUGCUCCUGAUGACGAUGUAAGAACAUAAGAAUGCUCCAACAGACAAAGUGUCAUCAUAUGUUUAGAAGCCUCUGCCCGAGUCGACUCGACGGUGGCCCGCGCUUGUCAUCUGUUCGUCCCAGUUUAGACAACGAACUUGGCCUUGGCACGCGUGCUGCCAGCAUGUGCGCUAUCGGUAUGUCCAGAGAACUCCACCACCUCAUUCGCAGGAAUUGUCAGGACUUCCUUGAACUUUCGGCCGAUAUUCUUGAGGAUUUCCUGGCCUCUCUCUGUGGGUCGUCCUUUCCCUCCUGCAACAUCACCAUCGCCUCCACCUGGGAUGCUCUUUCCGAUCGUCCUCGUCCACACGCCAACACGGAAGAACCCCUUGCGUACGUUAACAACAACCCCCAUCACCUCUCCGUCGUUUUCUUCCUCGAGGGUCUCGCCAAUAGCAGCAAGCAUCACAUGAAGCCACACGUCGUCGAUCGCCACGCUGCGCUUGUCCUUGAACUGGUACGACCAUUUGCCACCGUGCUUAUUCUGGAUAUCCUCCCAUUCUGGCCUUACUCCUUCCUUGAAGAGAUGAUAGUCGGAUUUCAGAGCAAGCUCCGAGGUGGGGGUAAUAUUGUUCUAGAUAGAAGUCAGAAACAAAACGGUCUCGAAGAAAGAGGCCACUCAUACGUAGACUCCCCAGAAUUCCUCCACUGAAUUGAAGGUGAUGAUCUCCUUGAGUAGUUCGUUCCAGUUAUCUCCCUGGAGAAGACUUAGCAUGCAUUCGUUAGUUGGGUUUUAUUCAGAAGUAUGUACCUUUCCAGUAGGUGGCUUGGUGAACCAGAGCGUCCAUUUGUGCAUUAAAGGAUGCUUCACGUUGAAGUUAUCCGGGUCGUGAAAGACGGUGAUUUGCUCAUCUGCAGUUGCUGCGGCCGAGGGCUUUCCUUGCGGCUUAUCUUGCCCAGCUGGGGAAAUCGGGAUGGUGGAGAGGUCAACGGGGGAUGCAGGUUUGGCAUCGCCAUUGGAAGGCAUUUCGGACGCAGACGACAUGGGUACAGGCAAGAGGAGCGAGAUUGUCGCGUUUUUGAGAUCGGCUUGGUGGGGUAGUGCAAGACUUGGUGUUGCGUGUGGCGUUUGGAUCAAUGUUCAAUGUUCGAUGCUGUCCACAGAUGGAAUAAUCGGAGCCUCUGUGGUUGAUCGGAGGAAGAAAUGAGGUGAAGCUGUCGUCAGGUGAAUGGCAGGUGAGAAGAUGCUGAAGGGGCCGAAUUAGGUGAGGUGAAGGUUUGUUGAGUUUACUUCAGUGUAUCUUGCACACUUUCCAGUGAAAACAAAGGCGGCAGGCGGCUAGGAACAGAAAGUUUGACGCUAAUGUGGGUGGUCCAGCACAACAAAAAGCCCGCGUGGCGCUUAUUUCUGCUGGUGCAAACUGUUGAGCACAAAUUUGGAGCUUGACGACUUAAUUGAGU